CCCCCGACCUACUCACCCAGCUCACAAGCAUCUCCCUCACCUCCGGCGAAAAACACACCAGCGUUCUCCUCCCUCCUCGCCUCCUAGCUUAGCUGCAAUGUCGACCGACGUGGUUGCCGACAUCCCGGUGCCCCAGGUGGAGGCGACCGCCGACCCCGUCGUCGACACGCCGGCGGCGAAGCCGGCCAAGGCGCCCAAGGCCAAGAAGUCCACUGGCCCGAAGAAGCCCACCGCGUCCCACCCCUCCUACGCCGAGAUGGUGUCGGAGGCCAUCGCCGCCCUGAAGGAAAGAGGCGGGUCGAGCACCGUCGCGAUCGGCAAGUUCGUCGAGGAGAAGCACAAGGCGCACCUCCCGGCCAAUUUCCGCAAGAUGCUGCUGACGCAGAUCAAGAAGCUCGUCGCCGCCGGCAAGCUGACCAAGGUGAAGGGCUCCUACAAGCUCGCCAAGGCCCCGUCCGCCGUCAAGCCUAAGACGGCGACGAAGAAGAAGCCCGCCGCCAAGCCCAAGGCCAAGGUCGCCAAGAAGACCGCUGCCAAGUCCCCGGCCAAGAAGGCCGCCGCGAAGCCCAAGGCCAAGACCCCUGCCAAGGUCAAGGCCGUCGCAAAGCCCAAGGCGGCAGCGAAGCCCAAGGCAGCCGCCAAGCCCAAGGCCAAGGCUGCCGCCAAGAAGGCGCCGGCCGCCGCUACCCCCAAGAAGCCUGUCGCCAGGAAGGCGCCCACCAAGCGGGCGACCCCGGUGAAGAAGGCUGCGCCGGCCAAGAAGCCCGCGGCGAAGAAGGCCAAGAAGUAGAGGCCUGAUGGAUGGAUCUGCCUAGCGGUUGGCGUUAGUUUCCACUAGUGGAAUUUUAUGUUCUGUGCUUGUCAGUCAAGAUGCCUUGGCUGUAAAUUUGGUGUUUGGGUGGUGGUAUGCGCCCUUUGUGAGAGGAGGAAGAAGCUGUUGUAGUCGUAACCUAUGUAAUUGCGUCUUUUCUAUUGUAGCAGCAUCCAUGCUUUUCAUUCGCCCAA